AUGCCAAUUGACGGUCAAAAUGGCGGUACCUCUCCGGAGAGCCGUGACACAGGGCGACCUGUCGAAGGGACCCCCGCGGCGUCUGUGCGACCAAUGCCGAUCUGGGAGCUGGAAACCAAUAUCAAGGAGGUGAUCCUGAAGACUGCCACGAAUGACGAAAAAGGGUAUGCCUAUCUAUUCGCUGAUCAGAGCGACGAGGCGGGAUAUUUCAAAGUGGGAAAAUCUGCAACGCCAUUGAAGCGCGGGAAACGGCAUCAAAGUCAGUGCGGGCACCGAACCUUCACAGUGAUCGAUGGGGUGCCCCGAGGAAUGUCAGUUCCUUGGCACGGGCGGUUAGAGUCAUUGGCGCUCGCUGAACUCGCCAAUAUGAAUUAUUCAUACAAAUGCAUUUGCGGUACGCGCCACCGAGAAUACUGUACUGGAAGCUGGACCGAGGCCUUGGAGAUCUUGAACUGCUGGUCCCGCUGGCUGCAGCUCAGUCCGUAUGACGAGAAUGCCCAACUUCUGCCUUUCUGGAGGGAUAGACUUCGUCUUCUGGGAGGGGAACGUUUUAGCCACCCCAGGUGCCCCCGCGCUGAAUGUCGGGACAGCGACAUUGGCUUCAGCUCAUGUCAAAAAUGCCUCCGGCUGCGCUUGAAAGCAUGGACUGACGUGACAGAUCUCGAUUAUUUCGAGUACGAAUGUCGCAUGAGGAUUGGCUGGGGGUUUCACCGUCAAGUCAUGUUCUUGAUGUGGCCGCUCUUGGGGAAUAGUGCUUUGACUCUCAUUGACGGCUGCGAGGGAUUGAAACGCCUCGCAUCCUUUUUGUGGGCCCCGAUGACACAUUUGCAUUUGCUUUUGCUGUUGGUGCUCUCGCUCUUGCUCUCGAGCAAUGCUUCUCGCGCAUCCGUUCUGAGCUAUGUUAUCUCUUGCAUAUUUGCCUAUUGCAGGAUCAGGAGCGGAUUGAGCUACACUCCAAAAGCCCACACCAUUCCCCAGCCACCGCACAAGAAGGCCACUAGGACAGUUUCGAAAUCUCCAGCACUGAGGAUUCCUCCUGAAGCAGCCAGUGAAAAGGAGAUGCCAGAUACAGAAGAACCGCCCUCCGAGAAGCGCCCAGUCAGCCGUCACAGAGCGCACGAUAUCUCAAAUACUCCCCGGGGCCAAAGCGCCCCCGGAUCCCCUGAAAUGUCUGACAUAUCAGAGUACAACAGGCCCAAUCCGUUCUUGACGCCGGACCGAGCAACAAGGACAGUUGGAAAAAACAGCCCGAAAGCCGGCGCAAAGCGACGAAAGAGCGAUGUUCGUUGA